AUGGCUCAGCAGGCUCCGGAUGGAGGACUGGAUGUUACGGAUCUAAAAUUCAAACUACAAAGCAAGCUGCCCGUAUUCAAGGGCGAUGGAAACGCGAAAGAUGGCUCCAACUUGCUGGCCGCCGCAAGUGCGUAUGGGCUUGUGUUUGCCGGCACGGUGGGGCCGGAAUUACGUGUGCUAAAACUGUGCGACAUCACGAGCGAUCGGGCUGUUAAUGAGCCGGUUCCACUGCGUACGGUUCCGCUACCGAGUGAAGCGUUCCAGUUAGCCGUAAGCUGUGACCAUGCCCUGCUUGCGGUCGAUGUGGUAGCGAAUGGGGUCCCCUUCAUCUACAUCUACUCCGUGCCCUCCUUUCUAACCGCUUCCAUCGUGAAGGUGCAGGAAAUUCGAACAUCUCCGCAACCAGGCGUACGGAGCACGCAGCUCUGUUGGAACCCGGUGAUAGCGAAUAUGCUAGCGGUACGCACCGAAGCCGGGGUUCUGUCGGUGUACACGCUGACGGAACCGUCUGGCGUGGAGUUUCAGUCGCUCGCAGAUGAUGGCAAUCCGGACGAACGAGCUCAGUGUGUCUGCUGGAGUCCGAAAGGCAAGCAGCUGGUCGUGGCGUUCGUCAACGGUAGACUGGUGCAGUUCAAACCCGACCUGAAGCGGGCUCGUGUGAUCGUUUGUCCACCGGGUGUGGUCGAGGGUGGCGGUACGUUCGAUGUGCUGGCCGUCCAGUGGCUCAGCACGUAUCAGUUUGCCGCUGUGUUUAUGCCCCAUAUGGCGGACUCCGUCCCGGCUCUGUUUAUCGUGUACGCACCGAAAGUGGGAAAUCCGGUGCUCGUCAACUACGACGAUAUCUGCUACAGCCAGAGCGGUCCUCGCAAGGGGCAAGUGUUUCUUCAGCAUAUCCUUCCCUGGAAUCUGCUGCUUAUGGCGUCGGCCAACAGCAUGGAAGUGGGAAUACUGGGCACAACCGAAACCGGCGAAGCACCGAGCUGGUGCCAGUGGACGACGACGGACGAGGCACGGGCAGAGCUGCCACUGACGGUGGACAAGCAGGAAACGUUCCCGCUUGGGUUCGCCCUCGAAACGGGCUGUACGCACGAGAUCAUGAUCGGGGAGCAAACAUUCCCGGUGAUGCCGAUGAUUCAUCUUCUCUCCACGUACGGUCAGCUGGUAUCGUUCAACGUCCUCAACACGUUGCCGAAGGUGAAGGGCAUUUGCUCACCGCCUAAGCCGACCCCGGACACUUCGGGACAAUUUCUGAAGCUUGACUUGGAGAGGGGACCGAGUUCGAUGCCAACACAGCCGCAGGCGCACGUUCCUCCGAGUGCUUCGAUGGCCCCUGCGUUGGAAAUAUCGUUCUCUCUACCGAACAACGCCACCUCGACACCGGCCGUGACAAAGUCGAAAUCUUUCUUCAACACCGGAACAUUACUGGCCGGUGGUGAGCAGAAGCCACCCGUUACUUUGUUCGGUACCGGUGCCACCAGCGGUCAACUCAACCAAGCCCAAUCGACGUCCCUUUCAACCGGCAAACCUGUCUCGUUUUUUGAAGCACAACCAACGGUGGCCACUGUGUCGAGUGCUAGUGGUGCGGAGACGAAAACGAUCCCGUUUGCAGGAUUCGGAGCGGCCUCCUCUGCGCCAGCUGGCCUCGGUAUGACGCUAGGUGGUCUACCGACCAUGUCGACACCACCGUUCCAGAGCGCAAUGGGUACGGUGGGGACCGCACCGCAAGCGACAGUUUCCGCAACCUCACCAGCAACAGUCGUCGCUCCCCAGCAACCAAGUGUAGUGACCAAACCCCUCGUGACGGUUCCUCCGACGUACACACCCGCUCCGCAGCAACCAGCGGUACCUGGUUCCGGAGCUAGCGUCCAGCCCGGCCAGCCCGGCCGUUCCGGGCCAGUCGGGCAGAAGAAGGCCGACUUCUCGAUCGAGGACAGUAACUUGAUCAUUCAGGCGCUGACGAUCGACGAGCUCAUACGAUUCACUCGCGAGCUCGCCGAUCUGCAGCAACGGUCGCGCUUGGUCGACGUGCAGAUCGGUACGAAAGAGGAGUCGGCCACGAUCAUACGCAACCUGCGCGAGCUGGAGGACAUCAUUGCGCAGGCAAAUGAAAGCACCGAAUCCUUGGUGGCCGACGUGCAAGCGCUGCGUCUGGGAUUGAACGAAGCGUUCGCAAUGGUAGCCGAAGCGAACAGCAAGUGCACGAUUUUCAACAAUCCGACCGUACAGCAGUACCAGCAUCAGGACACGCACGUCAUGUCGCAUACGAGCCGUCGGCAGCUAACGUCUCUAGAGAGUAUGCUGAAAGUGAACGAGAACCUGUUGCGCACCAUCACGAAACAGCUCGACGCCCAGUGGGCAGCCCUAGAGGAGGCCCGCCAGACGAACGUGCGGCAACGGAUGCAUAUACCGAGCCUGGAGGUACUCUAUCAGACGCUCUCGAAGCAGCAGGAAAUUCUUAACCGCCAACGGGAGAGGCUGGGCUAUCUGAAGCACAAACUUGGCAUUCGCGGAACUCUGAAGGGAUUGGAAGACGAGCAGCAGCCGAAUCAACGUAAAAUCCCCACCAAUGGAGAGUCCGUAGCGGACGAAACCACGAUAGAAUCACUGACCGAUUCCAUCAUUUCGCUCACACUCAGCGAGCAGGUGGCUGCCGAUGCGAAGCGUUUGAGUGAUGCCAAAUUGACCGUCUUGCGGAAGGCACUUGCCGGCCGGAAGGUGGUCACCAUCACACCGAAGCGUCCCGAUCGUGUCGGUCUUAGCUCAGAGGUGGUGCGUGAGAGGAGGGACGAAGUGCGACGGAAUUUAAAUUUGGAACAAGAAAAAGCGAAAACCCUGCAGCUUGUGGCCAAUCGCGAAGAGGAACAGAAGAAGGCCCAACAGCAGCAGCAGCAGCAGCAACAGCAACAGCAGCAACAACAGCAGCAGCAGCAGAAAACUCAACAACAGCCACAGAAACCAACGGCCAAACCUUUCACAUUCAACCAACCGACUACAUCCGUCGCAGGGAUGACGUACUCGUUCGGUCAACCUGCGGCCAGCGCACCAAUACCGGAACCGGUCGUGGAGCAGCCGACGGCGGUGGCCAAAUCAUCGAUUGCCGGUGGUACCAUCUCGACCGGUGCUAGUCUGAUCAGCAACAAAGCCAACGGAACCACUGCGACCGAUAAAAAGGAUCCAGCGACUCUGACAUCAGCAAAAGAACCGAAUGGGGCUCCUCUAAAGCCCACAUCCGGAUUGUUCAGUUUUGGCACAACAUUGAGUGCGGCGGUGUCCUCCGGUGGAUCGUCGAUCUUUAAACCUACCGCUGAACCUUCAACUCCAACAGCCUCCGCUUCCGCUAAGCCGGCGUUCUCGUUCGGUGGUUCUUCCGCGGCCAAUGUUCCAGCGAUGUCGUUCGGAACGCUCCCGAAACCAUCAUUCUCGUUCGAACCUUCGACUGCGGUCGCAAACGGUGGCGGUGGUCUCACAUUCGGAUCGGCAGCGGUGGCCAAGCAGGGAGUCACGAACGAGAACGUUCCACCGGCGACGGAUAGUAAAGAUAAACCGCUGCCGCCGUCGUUCGGCCCUGCGGCGGAUUCGCCCACGUCGACGAAAGCGGUCGCACCACUGCCGGCACUGACCAGUCUGCUGCAGAAGGUUGACUCACUCGAAGUGACGAAGGUUACACCACCGUCGACGAAAUCAACCGCUCCGCCGGAGGCGACCCCCGGGACGGGCAGUAGUCCCACGAUUUCGUCCACGGGAGGGUCUGGCAUUUUCGGAUCCGUCGGUGGCAGCAGUCUGUUCGGAGGGGCCGGUACCGGAGGUGGAUUAUUUGGUUCCCUCAGCACUGCCAUUACCAAACCGGAGUCGGUCGAUGGUUCGAAAUCGACGGUGGGGCUGUUUUCUGACCUUUCGUUCGGUAGCACCACCAUUACACCGAUCAUUUCUACGGCAACCGCAGGCCAACCAGCAGGAGGUUCACUGUUUGGAAGCGUGAAACCGGCCACAGCGGUGGCCAGCAGCACGGUCAGUAGUACGUCGGCAACGGGCACAACGGGCCUUUCAUUCGGCACCAGUACCCCUGCCGGUAGCAGCUUCCCGAUGGGAUUCACGUCACCGAAAGCUCUCACGGCGACCACAAACGAAGCAGCAAAAGUUGAAGCGACGGUGACAAGUUCUGUUCCGGCCAUCGUAAGUACACCCCUGGCAGUUCCAGCAAUCCCGGCGGUGGUCAGUACCGUCGCUUCAACCGGUACCGUUGGGUUCGGUUCUGCUUUCGGUGGAUCACUGUCCUUCGGCAAACCGCUCACAACGGCGGCCACAAUCACGGCCUCUGCAGCGUCCCCCGUAACGUCCGCCGGAACGUCCACUACCGAUUCGACCGCUGCUGGCUUGUUUGGUUCGAUAACGAUCUGCUCUCCUAACGCCACGAAACCAUCUCCGGUAACGUCUGGUAACAUUUUUGGCUCGGCCACCGGUUUCGGUAGUGCACCGAAAACACCCGGCAAAGAUCCGGCCACCCCCACUGGCAGUAUCUUCGGUGGUGCAACCAGUGCUGUUGCCACCGGAGGUUCCAUUUUCGGUUCUGUGACUAAACCGGCGGUAACCGGAUCCCCGGGUGGCAGUUUCUUCGGGUCCGUCACCUCACCGACUGCGGCAACUGGAGCGUCCGUGUUUGGCGGAACGGUGACAGCGACGGCUCCGACGGUGGCCACCACAUCGACUUCGCUGUUCGGUGGAGGCGGAUUUUUCGGAGCAACAAGCACCGCGGCAGGAACAGCGUCGACGGCCACGGGAUCCUUUUUCGGUAGCUCCACAACCAGCUCUCUGUUCGGUGCCAAUUCUGCCACCACCGUAAGUUCCAGUGGUGGCAGCAUUUUCGGUGGUGGAACAGGUACCGGAGGUGGUGCUGCUCCGACAGGCGGACUGUUUGGCAGUGUCACUGCUAGCAACAAUACUACCAGCGGAAGUUCAAUCUUCGGUGGAACGUCCGCGUUUGGCUCGGGAAGCUCGGGAACGGCAGCCAGCGCAGGGGGCAACAUCUUUGGCAGUCCGACGGCGACACCCGGGACGGGACUGUUUGGUUCGGCGGCAGCAGCAACCGGUAGUGGCCCCUUCGGAAGCCCUCAGGCCGCUUCGCCAUCGUCCGCCGCGACGUCGCAGUCAAUCUUCGGUGGAGCAACCGGGGCAGCCACCGGUGCCGGUGGGUUCGGUGCUGUUAGCCCCGGCCCGUUCAGUCAACCGGCUGGCGGUGGCACGGUGAAUGCGUUCUCCUCGCCCACAGGGGCAUCCGCUUUCAGCAAGCCGCCAGCUUUCGGAGCGACCCCAGCAUUCGGUGCUGCGCCAACGUUCGGCGGUGCCCCGACCUUCGGCGGUGCCCCGACCUUCGGUGGCGCACCGAGUUUCGGUAGUCCGAAGCCUGCGUUCGGUGGCGGGACCGCUUUCGGAGCCGCUGCAGCUGGAGCCGUGCCCGGGGCUGCGAGCGCUGGGUCACCGACACAAUCGAACAAUCUGUUCGAGCAACUCGGUUCCUCUUCGGCGGGCGUCUCGUUCGGUGGAUUGGCUCAGCAGCAGCAACCCAAACCGAGCCAGUUUGGUGGAUCGUCCUUUUCCAGCUGGCGCUCCUAA